AUGCUCUUGUCCCAAAGGUAUCUACAGAUGGUGAAACUUUUAUCCAUUUGUUUUCUUGCUUGCUUUGCAACAUGUCAAGAAGAUGAAAAUUCUGAGUUUUCACAUUUCAAUAAAAGAGCGGUGACGGAACACCAGCUCCUGAAUGAUAGAGGGAGAGCCCUUCAAGGGCUUAAGCGACUGAUGUGGCUCCACAAUGUAAUGGGGGGAGUGCAUACAGCCAGCGGCAGAGACAUCUCCCAGGCGCACAUUAUGUGGACCUCACCGAAGAACCAAGACCCCUCCGACUUCUACGACAGCACGGGUAGGGAAGAGACGCAAGACACGAUGAAACAGCUGCUGCUGGGACUGCUGGAGAAAGAGUCGCCUUUUGCUGUACUAAGGAAAACAAACGUGUUGCAAUACCUAAAGAAUGUAAAAGGUAGUCAGGACAUGCAAGACCUUUCUGACUUAUUUCAAGUUGGAGAUCAAGAUGGCAAAAGAAAUCUCAGUUCUCAAACAUAG